GUCAGCCUGAAGUUCACCAGGUCAGCCGGCUUUAUUGUGAAAGCUGAAAGCGGAAGUUCCCCGGCUGUGAGCUCUGUGUGAGGAGGAAGAGAUGCACGUGUGAUCCGUGUUUUGAGCCCCACUUCCCGAACCCUCCGGUAAAGGAGACCCACAGAGGUGGAGAGCCAGAUCAGCUGGUGCUGCAAGACCCGUCCCAGCGUUUGUAUACUUUGAUGCAGGUUUACUCCAGUCUUGACUCCCUGUCCGACCGUCCAUGAAAUGGUGGUUAUGGUGGUGUUGCUGAUGGAUGCGUGAGGAGAAAGCCCCUGUGGUAUCUUGGCUGCACCACACAACUUCCACAUGGAUUCCGGCAAUGAUGACGCACUUGAUAUCAUUAUCACUAAUGUGGUGGCAACAUUCAGGACCAGGUGUCACCUCAACUUACGCACCAUUGCCUUAGAGGGAGUCAAUGUCAUCUAUAAGCCAGAAUGUGGGAAAGUCCUGAUGAAGCUUCGUAAGCCCAAGAUAACAGCCUCGAUUUGGUCUUCAGGGAAAUGCAUCUGCACUGGAGCAACAAGUGAGGACGAUGCGAAACGUGGUGCUCGCAGGUUAGCGCGCUGUAUCCAGAAACUAGGCUUCAAGGUGAGGUUUUCGGCCUUCAAAGUCGUGAACGUGCUGGCAGUUUGCUCCAUGCCCUUUUCAGUCCAGCUCAUAGACUUCACGACGAACAACCGCCCCAUUGCCAGUUACGAACCAGAGCUCCAUCCAGCUGCCACAUACAGGAUCAAACAUAUCAAGGCUACUAUUCAAGUGUUCUCCACUGGCAGCAUCACAGUUACAGGACCAAAUGUGCAGAAUGUGGCUACGGCUGUGGAGGAAGUCUACCCACUACUGUUUGAGUGUAAGAAGCCCCUCCGCAAAUAAAGGAAUUGCAUGCCCAACAAGACGGGAGACGUAAGUGAAAGAGAUGACAAGACCGAGGAAGCACCUUAUCGGUGGCAAUUUUUUCCUUGAUUUUUAUGACUACACGGCAACAGCCCAUCCACAAAUGUCUUAAACAUAACUGACGGGUCAUAUUGAAUUACCUGGAACCUCAGCAGCCCCACAUGAAAUCUUAAACUCUCACAAAAAUGUCAGUGUUGUUGUGGAUUCUGUGGCUUUUGUGCUUUUUAACAGUCGACAUGCAAACGUCUUCCAAUCCAGAGACUGCUCCUCAAAAGCGGACUCGCACUGGAGGGUUGUGGAAGUGUUUUGCUCUCGCUCUUUACUUGCUCUGGGUUCUUCUGCAUGGACACAGAAAGACCAACUUUUCUAAAUGCUUUAGUCUCAACUCUUACCCUAUACACAGCAAGACGUCCAAUUUACUGCUUUUUCAGGAAGAAUCCCGUCCACAAUUUAUUUGAAGAGGUGUUAACACUAAUACAGGACAUCACUGUAUUAUGCACGUUAAUGCAUGAAGAGAAAACGGCAGUUAUCACCACGGACUGAUGGUGGGGGGGGGGAUGUCCUUUUUAAAGCUGCAUAAUUCUUCCCUAAAUGUGUUUUCAUCUCUGAUUUUAAUUGUUGCACACUUCCAGAUUUUCUUACGUCGUCAAUUCCCUAUUAAUGCGUUCUUACUUCACAACUGUGGCGUAGGAUCAGAUUGCACACACAUGUCGAUAUUUUUAAUUUCUUGUCAUUUCCCGCUCAUUUUUUAAUAUUUAACUGUUCUUUUAAGAUUAGCUUUGGACAAUGUACAGACUAAGAUUGAUGUCCUAAGUGUUGGCAGUUGCGAACAGUCUUUUAAAGGGUUUCCAAUAUUUUGUUAUGGAGCCGUAGACCUGCUCUCCCGCUGAACACAACUUGAGAGUGGUUACCGAGGAAUGAAGUGGCACUGAGAAAAGAAAACUUCCAAAAAAAGCUAUGGAAACUGUCCCGAAUUGUUCAGGACGCAGGUCAACGUGGAAAGUCAUUGUGAAAAAAGCAUUUCAAUGGGAUGGCGUCUGCUCUGGUCUGUAAUACAAAGCUCUACAGCAGUUAGAAAUGUCAUCCGUCUGACCUGUGGUUUAAAUACUGCAACAUUGUGUCUGAUUACUAACAGUGUUUUAAAGAGGGUGUGUUGAUAUCAUGCUGAUGCCAAACCUUCCAUAGUAUAUCCUCCUUCUAAAUGACAGUGAAACGAAAUACUUCUCAGUGGAAACUACAGUCUUUGUUGUAACAUGGCUGCCGACCCUUGUGCUGACAUCCAUCGAGGUAACAUGCGUGUAUAUAUAUAAUAAUGCGAGUGAUGAGAGAGAUGUUGUGAAAUAUCUUCGACAUGUUGUUUGAAAUAUGUGGGAUGGUGUCUUUUUUGAACCAGUGUCGACCGAGGAUUUGUGACACUUGUUCAGAGUUUUGUAUUUUGUAUAAAUUAAUAAAGGUUAAUAAAAAAAAAAA